GGUAAAGGGCCAUGAGGGAGAGAUGUGGCUGCAGAAUCGGUAGGAGGAACCGGGGAGGUUUUGUUCUGCAGCUGCACUUCCAGUCAGAUGCCUUUCCUCCUCUGCAGGGCCGCCAGCCAGAUCUCCACAUUUUCUGCGACUGAGUCGACUAAUCAAAGAGGAGGAAGCUCUCCAGACCUCCACCAGUCCGUCCCUCUCAUGCCCACCUCUUGGCAUCUGCAAGUCAGACACUGAGCUGUUUUCUCAGCUGGGGAGACAUAUUCUGCUGGAGCUCAUCCUGUGUUUUGGUGGAGAGAUGAGGGCCGAGGUGCUGCUCGUCUUUGUCGGGGCGACCCUCUGCUGCACCCCGGUCUGCACUCAGCAAGUAGACCCUGAGGAGAAGGAGCUCUCCAGGGACCUGGCUUGGGUCAGGAAGGCCGGGGGGCCGCUUGAAGAGGGCCAAGGAAGGGGCAAGGGGGACGCUGAGCUGUCAGACGAGCCGGCUGGAGCGGUGGAAGACGGGAAGACAAAACCAAAGAAGAAAAAAACUCCAGAGGAAAUCGAGGCAGCCAGAGCGAAGAAGGCUGCAGAGAAAGAGGCCAAAGCCAAAAAGCAGAAAGGUCCUAAACCCACCAAAAAGCCCAAACUGCCAAAACCAACCAAGAAACCAAAACCAACCAAGAAACCAAAACCCACCAGGAGGCCGAAAACGACGACCACAGCACCUCUAGACGAGGAGGAGAGACUGCUGAUCGAGCUGGGCCUGAAAACACCGAUUGAACCUUCAACUCCUGAGGAGCCUACUGAGCCUGGUCAAGAUGAGCCAACAGUUCGACAGACAGACCAGAAAGAAAUCGCAACCACGGAGGUCAUCAUGUACAUACCAGAGGAAACUACCUCCGUUCCAUUCAACGGCUCCUGGUAUGAAGAGUACGACUACACCGACUUGGCAGUGAAAAAACAAGAAGAGGAAGAAAGAGAGCGAAAGGAAAAGGAAGAAAAAGCCAAGCAGCUGAGGAAGAAGUGGGAGGAAGAGGAAGAGGAGAGACUGAGGCAGACUUCAGCGCCAGCAAAACCAAAAGACUGUCCUCCUCUUGGCUUGGAGUCUCAUCGAGUGGAAGACGACCAGCUGCUGGCGUCUUCCCAGUCUCACCAUGGCUUCUCUGCUCAGAGAGGACGCCUCAACAUGCAGAGCACCAACGAUGAAGAUGACAUUUAUGGAGGUGCGUGGUGCGCAGAGACGGAGGAGAAGGAGCACUGGUUUGAAGUGGACGCCCGCAGAGAGGUGGAGUUCAGUGGAAUCAUCACACAGGGGAGGAAUUCAGAGAAGCAAGAGGAUUUCGUGUCGUCCUUUUUCGUGGCCUUCAGUAACGACAGCCGUGAUUGGACGGUGCUGCAUGAUGGCUACGCUGAGUGGCUGUUCUACGGCAAUGUGGACAAGGACACGCCUGUGAUGAACCAGUUGGCUGCUCCGGUGGUUGCUCGUUACAUCCGCAUCCUGCCUCAGAGCUGGAACGGCUCGCUGUGUCUGAGAGCGGAGAUCCUGGCCUGCCAGCUCCCCAGCAGCUUCCACAGUGAGAAUGAGGUCAACUCCUCUGAUGAUCUGGACUUCAGACACCACAACUACAAGGAGAUGAGGCAGAUGAUGAAAACUGUGAACGAAGAGUGUCCCAACAUCACCCGGAUCUACAACAUCGGCAAGAGCUCGAACGGCCUGAAGAUGUACGCCAUGGAGAUCUCCGACAACCCCGGCGAACACGAGACGGGUGAACCGGAGUUCCGCUACACAGCCGGUCUCCACGGUAACGAGGCGCUGGGUCGGGAGCUUCUCCUGCUGCUGAUGCAGUUCUUGUGCAGAGAGUACAAGGACGAAAAUCCCAGAGUGCGCCGCCUGGUGGACGGAGUCAGGAUUCACUUGGUGCCGUCGUUGAACCCAGACGCUUAUGAGCUCGCCUACGAGAUGGGUUCUGAGAUGGGAAACUGGGCUUUGGGCCACUGGACGGAAGAAGGUUACGACAUCUUUGAGAACUUCCCGGACCUGAACAGCAUCUUAUGGGGCGCCGAGGACAGGGACUGGGUUCCCCGGAUCGUUCCAAAUCAUCACAUCCCCAUCCCAGAAAACUUCUUCAACGGUUCCCUUGCAGUGGAGACCAAAGCCAUCAUUUCCUGGAUGGAGAGGAACCCGUUUGUGCUGGGGGCUAACCUGCAGGGGGGGGAGAAGCUGGUGGUGUACCCCUUCGACAUGCAGCGGCCCCCACAGUCUCUCACAGACAACCGGCGCUGGAGGGUGAACUCGGAGAUGAACGAGGAGUCGUGGGCCCGCAUCCAGCGGCAGAACAUGGGGGCCCUGAGGGAGACGCCGGACGACGCCAUGUUCCGCUGGCUGGCGAUGUCGUACGCCCACAGUCACCUGACCAUGACGGAGACCUACAGAGGAUCGUGUCACGGUGAUGACGUCACUGGUGGGCAGGGCAUCAGCAACAGGGCGGGCUGGAAGCCGGUGGUGGGCAGCAUGAACGACUUCAGUUACCUGCACACCAACUGCUUUGAGCUCUCCAUCUUCCUGGGAUGCGACAAGUUUCCCCACGAGAGCGAGCUGCCUCUGGAGUGGGAGAACAACCGCGAGGCUCUGCUGUCCUUCAUCGAGCAGGUGAAUCGGGGGAUUAAAGGUGUGGUGAAAGACGUGGAGGGAAACCCGCUGCCCAACGCCACCAUCUCUGUGGAGGGAAUCCAGCACGACGUCAGAACCGCUGCAGGCGGGGACUACUGGCGCCUCCUGAACCCCGGAGAGUACAAGGUGACGGCGAAAGCCGACAACUACACCCCCCAGACCAGGCUGUGCCUGGUGGGGUACGAGCCCGGAGCCACGCCCUGCAGCUUCACCUUAGCCAAGUCCAACUGGAGCCGCAUCAAACAGAUCAUGGCGCUGCGCGGCAACAGGCCCAUCCGGCUGGUGAAACGCCCACCCAGGACUACGCCGCCCCCCAGCACCACCGCUGCCACCGAAACGCAGGCCACCUCCCACAACGCAGACCGACUGAGGCGCCUGCGACUCAUGCGUCUGCGCAGACUGCGUCAGCAGCAGAGGUCACGCGUGUUCAGAACCACAACAGCAACAACAACCACCACCACCACCACAACUGCGGCGCCAAAAACCAAGACGACCACCUCCUGGUACGACUCAUUCAACGACAACUGGCUGACGGAGAACCCGCUGGACAUCAUCAGCUUCGACUCUCAGCCCACGCAGGACUAUCCGUUUGAACUGACCAUCGACUGAACCGCAGAGGCGUCUCCGAAACCAACAAACAUGGAGAGGCACAAACACAGAUUCCUGUAAAACGCCUCCUCUCAGAAGACGGAACCGUUAUGUUUGGGGCAUUUAAAGGAAGUAUUUUAUGAAAAAAACAGUCUCUGCAGAGCAGAAACUUCAGCAGGAAAUGAGAACUUCCACAACAUUUUCUGCUUCCCGUCACCUUUUUUAGAUUAAGUGUAAUAGCAGGCUUCGGUUCAACUGAUUUAUUCUGUUAUGCAGCGCUUUAAAUAAAGUUAUUUUUGAAGGAAAA